AUGAAUAUCACCAUCAGAAACUUAGCAUACAUUAAAUAUCAACCACACUCAAUACCUAAAAACUUUUCCUGCCACUACUCAACAGAACCCAUACAAGGUACAAAAAGCGAUGAUAUAAAAUUAAAAAAUAGAAUUAUAGUAAAAGAUUUAUAUAAACAAUUAUUAUUUUUAGGAAGAAUUGGAUUUUUAGGUGCAGAUUAUAUUAGGGAAAGAGCAAAACCACAAUUUAUGAAAAAUGCAAAUUUAACAGAUCAAGAUGAAAUUAAUAAAUGUAUAGAUAGAACCAAAUAUGUCAUCAAAGAAAUAGAAGCAAUGAAUAGAUUCCAUAAAUAUAGAUCACUAAAGAAGUCAUACGACCCAGAGUUUCAAGAUAUCAGAGAUGAUUUUUUAAAUUUAAAUUAUAAUAAAAACUCAAACAAUAAAUAA